UAAAUCGUUUACGUCAUAUUACGUAUCUAUCAUUCUCUGCAAUUUAUGUAACGAGUAAGGAGAGAUUGAAAAUUAUAGCAACGACAUUUUUUUCAAAAAGUGCAGUAUGGAAGGGUAUAUAAUAUUUUUGCUGCUAGUGACAGUUUCAGCGAUAGAUAUCCCUGCUUCUGUCAAUGAACCUUCAGUAGACGAAGUAUAUGUUACUGAGGGAGAUACAGCCACUUUGGUUUGUUCUGUAACGUGGCCAGGCAGACUAAUUGUUAUCUGGACACGCAUACCUGAUGAGAGUCCAUUAACUUUUGGAACAUCAGUGUGGGCUUCUGAUGCACGAAUAUCGAUUCAACAUUCAAGAAAAAACGAUUGGAAUUUACUUAUAAGGAAUGUCAAACUCUACGAUGCUGGAAAAUACGCGUGUCAUGUUAAUGGUAAAGGAAUCUCAGCUAGAGGAGCAGUUUUACUUAAAGUUAAUGUUUUAGCUAUACAAAUUCCCACUCCUGCUUUUAAACCAUCAGCAGAAGAAGUAGAUGUUACUGAGGGGGGCACAGCUACAUUGGUUUGUUCUGUUGAGUGGACAGGCAGAUUACUUGUUACAUGGGGUCGCAAUUUUGGUGUACAAACAUUAACUGUUGAAGGAUCCGUGUUGACUCCUGAUUCACGUAUAUCCAUUCAACAUGCAACAGGAACAAACGAUUGGAAUUUAGUUAUAAAGGAUGUCAAACCAGACGAUGCAGGAAAGUACGCGUGUGAAGUUUAUGGAUAUUGGAUAAGGAAAAUAGUUUUACUUAAAGUGAUUGCCGUCAAUAACGAUGGAGUAGAUGCAAAUUCAACACUUGUUUCAAUAGACGCCGGACCGAACUAGAUGUGUCUUAUUUACAGACUGCGGACACCUACUUUUGCAUUUGCAGUUCAACUCAUUUAAUAAAUGCAAACUGGUCAACG